GAUUGAUUGACUGUUUGAUACAUGGCUGAAGUGGAAUGUUUUGACUUUUGAUUAUAAUUUUCAUCAAUUCUAAAUUAUUACUAAGUAUAUGUUAGUACUAAAAUACCGUAGACUUCCUUUAAUAGUAAGCCAGCAUAUAAUCAAGUUUAAAAUGUCUACAAAUCAGAAGACGAUUAAAGAAGGGAAAGCUGAAAUAUGUUUAAAAACCGAGAAGGUGUUUUAUAAUCCCGUACAAGAGUUUAACCGAGAUUUAAGUAUAGCGGUAUUGAGUAUAUUUACGAAUGACUUCAAAGUCGAAAAACUUGCGUUAGCUGAAAAGAAGGCUAAGAAUAAGACGGAAACUUCAGCUGAUAUUAAUGAAGGCAGUGGAGCUGACACUACGGGCGACAUAACCAUACUAGAAGCUCUAUCUGCCACCGGACUGAGGAGUAUCCGUUAUGCUAAAGAAGUGCCAAAUGUUACAAAGAUAAUUGCUAAUGACUUGUCUCUACAAGCCGUGGAAACAAUCAAAGAUAAUAUUGUUCAUAAUCAAGUUGAAGACUUGAUUGAGACUAGCCAUGAUGAUGCUUGUAUGUUAAUGUACAAACACAAGCAUUUCUCCAAGCGUUUUGCAGCAAUAGACCUGGAUCCAUAUGGCUGUCCGUCCGUAUUCCUCGACUCCGCUGUCCAGAGUGUACAGGAUGGUGGCCUCCUGCUCAUCACUGCUACAGAUAUGGCGGUACUCGCCGGGAACGCUCCAGAGACCUGCUACAGUAAAUAUGGAGCUAUAAGUUUGAAAACUAAAUGCUGUCAUGAAGUGGCUUUACGGAUAAUGCUACAAUGUAUAGAGUCGCACGCGAACCGCUACAGCCGCUACAUCGUGCCUCUGCUCAGCAUAUCAGCUGACUUCUACAUUAGAGUCUUCGUUAAGGUCUACUCCGGUGCUAUUCACUGUAAGAAGACUACUAGUAAAUUAUCCAUGGCCUACCACUGCACUGGAUGUGACAGCAUAACUCUUCAACCGCUCGGUGGAAUUAAACCGAACCCUACAGAGAGGAACCCACAACAAACGAAAGGCUAUCUGCCUGCAGCGCCACCUGUCGGGGAGUUUUGUGUCCAUUGUAACCAAAGGCACCAUCUAGGUGGCCCCCUCUGGUCGGCCCCGAUCCACGACGAGUCGUUCGUGUCUCGCGUACUCACCCACGUCGAGGACAACCCCCAACUGUUCGGCACCGCCAAGCGAAUCAUCGGCGUCCUGUCCAUGGUCAGGGAGGAGCUGCAUGACGUACCACUCUACUACACCGUGGAUAAACUCUUCGGGAGGGUACAUUUGGAGACGAUGCCGAUGUUGAUUAUGAGGUCAGCAAUACUCAACGCUGGCUACAAAGUGUCGUACUCGCACGCGUCACGCAUGUCCAUCAAGACGGCGGCGCCCGCGCAGCUCCUGUGGGACAUCGUCCGGACUUGGCAGAAGACGCACCCCGUUAAACAGGCCAAAUUGGAAGCGGAUAUUGUAGCGAAAUUCAUCUUAGACCAAGAUAUAAAGACGCCUAUUGACCUUACCGAGCGUUUGGACGCGAACCCGAGCAGUCGCCGCAACGGCCGCCUGCGCUUCCAGUACAACCCGACGCCGCACUGGGGACCCGGCGCCAAGGCCGCCGUCAAUGUGGGAGAUGAAAAAGUCUCCAAGGCUGUUAAGAAUCAAAACAAGUACGCAAAAUAUAAGCAGAACGCGAAGAGGCAGCACUCUUCAAGUGAAGACGACGAGAGAAAAAAAGCGAAUACGGAUGGUGAAACACCCUUGUAAAUAAAGUUUUUAUAAAAAGAA